AUGGGGGCACAGCUAUCCCUGUUGGUUCAGACGUCCCCUUCCAUUGCCAUUUUUUCAUACAUCGAUGUUUUAGAAGAAGUACACUAUGUUUCUCAGCUGAACUCAUCAAGAUUUUUAAAAACAUGCAAAGCACUAGACCCUAAUGGCGAAAUUGUUAUCAAAGUGUUCAUCAAGCCCACAGAUCAGUAUAGCUUACAGCCUUUUCUUCAACAGAUAAAGGCCCAAUCGUUUAAGCUGGGACAGCUACCACACGUUUUGAACUAUAGUAAAUUGAUCGAAACGAAUAGAGCCGGCUAUAUGAUACGGCAGCACCUGAAAAAUAAUUUAUACGAUAGGUUGAGUUUGAGGCCGUAUUUACAGGACAUUGAAUUGAAAUUCAUUGCUUUCCAACUGCUGAAUUCGUUAAGAGACAUUCAUAAUCUAAAUAUUGUUCAUGGUGAUAUAAAAACAGAAAACAUUUUAGUGACAAGUUGGAAUUGGUGCAUAUUGACAGAUUUUGCUGCAUUUAUCAAACCUGUAUAUCUGCCGGAGGAUAAUCCAGGUGAGUUUUUAUUCUAUUUUGAUACUUCAAAGAGAAGAACUUGUUAUUUAGCUCCAGAAAGAUUUAACUCCAAACUUUAUCAAGACGGCCAUUCCAAAAAUGAUACGUUAACCAAAGAAAUGGAUGUAUUUAGUCUUGGUUGUGUUAUCGCUGAAAUAUUUGCUGAAGGCAGACCCAUUUUCAACCUAUCACAACUAUUCAAAUACAAAAGUAACACAUAUGAUAUCAAUAAGGAAUUUCUUAUGGAGGAAAUGAAAUCUGUCGAUUUAAGAAACAUGAUUCUAGACAUGGUCCAAUUAGAUCCUGGAAAGAGGCUAUCGUGUGAUGAGUUAUUAAAUAGAUAUCGCGGAAAUUUCUUUCCUGAUUAUUUCUACACUUUCACUUACGAUUAUUUCAGAAAUUUAGUAACUAUGACAACAAGUACACCAAUCACAGAUAGUGCUUUUACUAAUAGUACAUUAGAGGAUAACCUGAAGCUUCUCGAUGAAACUACCGAAAAAAUUUAUAAGGAUUUCCCGCAAAUCUGUCAUUGUCUAGAUUUUCCUCUAACCAAAGGCAAGGACAAGAUAAAAGCAGAUUCAUUAACUUUCACAUCUGAUGUCAUAGAUAGAGAAGAUAGUCAGCUACUUAACGCCAACUUGUACUUCCCCGGAAACCAUCAUCUAGUUUUGCAGAAAUUCACCCAAGUAUCGGAAAAAGUAAAAUCGGUUAAAGAAGAAUGUGCUUUACUUUUCACCUCGUAUUUAUCUCAUAGUCUAAGAAAUAUUGUUUUAAGGACUACAAAAUUAAAAAAUUUAGAACUAUUAGCAGUAUUUGCGCAGUUUGUUUCAGAUGAAAAUAAAAUCGAUCGGGUUGUGCCUUAUCUCGUGUGCUGUUUUGAAGAUAGCGAUCAGGAUGUGCAAGCCCUAUCUUUGUUAACAUUUACCCAAGUACUAUCAUCUGUGCGAACACUGGACCAGUUGAACGAAAACGUAUUCGUAGACUACUUACUACCAAGACUGAAAAGAUUACUCAUUACCAAUAGACAAAAUAGUAAUUAUCUAAGAAUCGUAUUCGCUAAUUGUUUGAGCGACUUAGCUGUUAUCAUCAACAGAUUUCAAGAAAUUACUUUUGCCAAGCACUAUAAUAACAACUCAACAGAUAACAAUUUGGAAAUUAUGGAAAGCGCCACUAAAUAUUCAGCAAAACUGAUUCAAAGUGUCGAAGAUUUAACAGUACUUUUUCUAACGGAUAAUGAUACAAACGUAAAAAUGGCACUUUUGCAUAACAUCUUACCACUUUGUAAAUUUUUUGGCAGAGAGAGAACAAAUGAUAUCAUAUUAAGCCAUUUAAUAACCUACUUAAAUGACAAAGAUCCCGCGUUACGGGUUUCCUUGAUUCAAACGAUAUCAGGAAUUUCAGUUCUUUUAGGCACUGUUACAUUAGAGCAGUACAUUCUACCGUUAUUGAUUCAGACUAUCACAGAUUCAGAAGAGUUGGUAGUAAUAAGCGUCUUACAAAGUUUGAAGUCUCUAUUCAAGACGGGAUUAAUAAGAAAAAAAUUCUAUAUCGAUAUUUCGAAAACAAUCUCCCCCCUACUACUGCAUCCCAAUAAUUGGAUAAGACAUUUUACACUAAUGAUAAUCAUAGAAAUCAUUAAUAAAUUGUCAAAAGCGGAAGUCUACUGCAUUCUGUAUCCAAUAAUAAGGCCCUUUUUUGAGUUCGAUGUUGAGUUUAAUUUUGAAUCAAUGAUAACCUGUUGCAAGCAACCAGUGUCAAGAUCCGUUUACAAUUUACUGUGUAGCUGGGCUGUUAGAGCCUCAAAGUCCUUAUUUUGGAAAAAAGUCUCCACAAAUCAUGUAGAUUCCUUUGGAAACAAUAGAAUUCAAUUUAUAACAAAGGACUUCUCCAGCAAGAACUAUGGGUUUAGUAAAAAAGGCGUGAAAUUGGACUCUUCUAUAAAAGGCGUUAAGUCGCCAUCUACUGUUCAUUCCUAUGAUAAUAAGGAAAUCCCGUUAACAGCCGAAGAUAGAAAUUGGAUUGAUAAGUUUCGCGUCAUUGGGCUAACAGAGAAAGACAUCUGGAAAAUUAUAGCCCUAAGGGGUUAUGUAAUAAGGACUGCAAAGAUCAUAGCGACAAACCCAGAUUUUCUUUAUAGCAACAAGCGCCACCACUUGCUAAUACAAAAUUCGCCCCCAAAUCUAAACCUUACAAAUGUCAUGCCGAGGAAUAUAUUUUUUGAUGUAGAGUUUGCUGAACAAUCGACAAGAGAGUCCCAAGAUCCUAGUAUAGAAAACCAGCAAAUAUAUACAAACGAUGAAAGUGAGCAAACUAGCAAUAAGUUGAGCGUCAAUAGUGCUAAGCAGCUAUCCACGAUCAUGGACAUUAAUGGGUCGUUAAUGUUCAAGAAUAAAUCCAUUGCUACUACAACUUCAAAUUUAAGAAAUGUUUUUGUUCAGUUGGAACCAACAUCCUAUCACAAAUAUUCAACAAAUCACGGAAUGAAUGAUAAUGUUGACGUCAAACCAGAAAGGCAAGUAAUGGUUAGCAACAGUUAUGAUGGAGACGUUGAGACCAUACAAAAAUUUUUGUCAACCUUUAAGAUUCUACCACCUUUAAGAGACUAUAAAGAGUUUGGACCUAUUGUAGAAGUUUUGGAAAAUCCAGAUAUGAGUAAACUAACAGGUAAGCUAAUAGCUACACUAAUGGAAAACGAACCCAAUUCUAUCACGGCUGCUACUGUAUCCUGUGGAGAAGUACCGUAUUUAGUAACGGGUUCAGACCAGGGUGUGGUCAAAAUUUGGAACUUAAGAGAAAUUGCACUCGGUGAGGUUUACUCCUCUUCCUUAACUUAUGAUUGCUCCUCAAGCAUAACUCAGUUGACUAUAAUUCCGAAGUUUGAUGCUUUUGCAGUUUCCAGCAAAGACGGACAAAUCAUUAUAUUGAGGGUUAAUCAUUACAAACAAGAAAAUGAAACAAAAUUCUCAAACUGCGAAUGCAUUAGAAAACUCAGCUUAAAAAAUUUGGAUAAACACGAAUAUGGUACGAGAACGAGAGCGUUUGUAAACGAUGAGAAAUCUGUAUUAAUAGUUUUAACGAACUUAUCAAGGGUGAUGAUAUUUGACAUUAAAACCUUAGAAAGAAUACAAGUCAUUGAGAGUUCUCCAAGACAUGGUGCCAUUUCUAGCAUCUGUAUCGAUGAGGUUUGCUGUGCCUUGGUUUUGGGGACAACAAGAGGUAUUAUUGACAUAUGGGACAUCCGCUUCAAUGUCAUGAUAAAAAGUUGGUCAUUCGGGGAUCACACGCCCAUUACUCAUAUAGAGACAUGUGGGUUUUACGGGGAAAAUUCCAUAAUCGUCGUAGGCGGUAGUUCAAAAACAUACCUGACAAUUUGGAAUUUUGUUAAGGGACAUUGUCAAACCGCGUUCAUAAACUCUGAUGAGCAACCAUCCAUGGAACACUUCUUGCCGCUUGAAAAAGAUUUGGAAGAUUUAGGGUUUUGUGGAGUCAAGUCUUUACAUGCAUUGAGUACAAUUUCAGUAUCAAAUAAUAAAAUCUUUGUUACUGACGAAUCUACUAGAUCCAUUAUCAUGUUUGACCUGAAGGAAUUAUCGCUCUCUAAGGCAGUGGUCAGUCCAUCAAGAUUUGACGAUGUCUUUAUUCCAACACAAAUUACGGCCAAUCUUACUAUAUUAUUGAGGAAAAGGAAACCUUCCAGCACCCACCCAGGUGACGAUUCAUUAUACCAUCAUGAUAUCAUAAAUGCGUUGGCUACAAUUCAGGUCGAUCAAAUACCUCUACUGAUUGUUUGCGAUAAUUCUGGGCUUAUUGGAAUUUUCCAGUAA